UAAACUCAAACAUGGCUAAAUUCAUGCAAAUCCUUUUCGUUGCCUUCUUGGCUAUUGCUUUGGUCUCCGCUGAACCCAAACGUUUCCAAGGUAAACGUCGUUUCUUGGCUCGUCAGGAAGUAGCUGAAGAAGCUGUUACUCCCUAUCCUUCGGCUGAUGAAUUAAAACCUGAGGUACCAUUCAAUGAAGCUGAGGCUGCAGAAGAACAAACUCCCAAUCAACCCGAUGAAGUUUAUGGUCCACCAGAACAAGAUGUACCCGUCGAAACCGAUGAUGUUGUCCCCACUGAAGAUGAAGAAGCCGUUGCUGUAGCCGAAGAGGAAGAAGCUGUUGCUGCUGAAGAAGCUGCCGCUGAAGAAGCCGCUGCCGAAGAAGCUGCCGUUGAAGAGGAAGAAGCUGUUGAAUCCGCUCGUCUCACCGCCCGUCGUGCUGGUGCUCGCAAAAGUGCCGCUCGCCCCGCCAAAUUGCGUAAAGCUGCCCCAGCCCGUCUCCAACUCCAGCGUCAAUUCGUUCCACAACCCAUCUUCUACUACAUUACCCAAUAAGCAGCCCGAUGUAGUUGAUAUUGGGAAAAUAA